AUACUAGCCGAGACAAAUUGAUACGCUAGGCAAAUGAUGACCCCACUACAACAUGAUAAAUGGACCCCACUCACGACUGCUGAGCUAAAGGCUUACAUGGGAUUCUGCAUUUUCAUGGGGAUUGUGAAACUCCCAUCGAUUGAAAAUGAUUGGAGGAGAGACGUGCAAUUCUACUACUCACCAAUUGCAUCGAAGAUCUCACGCGAUCGCUUUAGGGACAUCCGACGAUACCUCCAUUUCACGGACAACACCACUCUCCCGACUCCAGGCACCCCAGGUAGCGAUCGUUUGGCCAAAGUACGCCCCCUCUUCAAUAAGAUCAACGAGCGCUGUUCUGCUGCAUACAACUUAGGCCGUGAAGUUGCAGUAGACGAGGCAAUGAUAAAGUUUCAGGGUAGAUCUGCACUGAAACAGUACCUCCCAAAUAAACCUGUGAAGAGAGGAAUCAAGGUUUGGGUCCUAGCAGACGGGUACUUCCAAAUGCUACAAGUGUAUACAGGGAGAGAAGCCACACCAGAGAAGCAACUGGGAGCACGAGUUGUGAAAGACCUCACAGCCUCGUUGAAGCACAAGCACCACCACGUCUAUUUUGACAACUUUUUCACGUCUGUCAAACUGUUAGAAGACUUGGAGAAGGAUGGCAUUUAUGCUUGUGGUACAGCUCGCGCUGACCGCAGAGGCUUCCCCAAGGCUCUCAAGCAGCCAAAGCUGACAGUAAGUAAUAAGCAUAAUUAUUAUUUACCUUUUCAGGGGGGAAUACAUGACUCUCCAGAAAGACAAGGUGACGGUCUCAGCGACAAUAGGGUUGUCCGUGUGAUCUCCACAGCCUCUGACGCCACUUCGGUCACCUACGUACAACGUACAGUCAAGACAGGCGAAAAAAUCUCCGUCCCGUCCCACAGAGCAUCGAGGACUAUAAUCGCUUCAUGGGGGGUGUCGACAGAGGGGAUCAGCUCAGAGGGUACUACAGAUGCCCUACAAAAGUCCAUAAGUUUUAUAUGUACAUUUACUUCUUCCUAAAGGAUAUUUGCAUUACGAACAGCUACAUAUUAUAUCGACAGUAUUCACCCACCAACGCACUGAAAACCCUCCUCUCAUUUCGUCACGAGUUGGCCAAGAAGCUAAUUGGCGACUACUGCUCCAAAAAGAGCAAGACACCCUUGAAAUCGCUAGGAAUAGCUCACUUCCCUCUUCACCACCAGGAUGUACGCAGAGGUCGUUGCCAUCUGUGUUAUCAGAAAAACAAAAGGAAGGACACAGCAUGGUUUUGCCUACAGUGCGAGAAAUGGUUUUGCCACACUGGCAACCCCCUGUUUUAUGCUAUGGCAUAAGAACAUGUAACUACACAGAGAAAAAAGAUGUGCUAAUUUAGCACGGAAAACUGUGCUAAACGAAUGUCUCCAGUUUUAGCACGUUUGCACAUGUGCUAAACAACCUGAUGUGCUAAAUUCUGAUGUGCUGAAACAGCUGUGCUGAUUGUAUUGUGCUAAAUCAAUUUCAAACAUUAAAUGCUGAGUGCAUGAAAAGUACAUGAAUCAAAAGCAAAGAAUUGUAGCUACAGAAAGAGUCCUAUAACACAAAUAAGACCAAGAGGAAGAGUACGCUACUCGAAUAGACUGUACACAGGAGGCAAACUCACUAUUGCAUGUAACCACAGUCACUUGAGAUACAACAAAACAAUAACAAUGCUGAUAAGGAAAAGCAAUGAAUAAAAUUAGUGGUAAUCAUCUAACGUUUAUUUAUCCAUUCAUGCAGAUUAAUUUUAAGAUUUUACAGUUAUACAACAGCAUGUGGUUUUGUGACAUAGGUUAGACAGAAUGCUUACUACGGUUAGUGGAGUUGCGUACUCUUCCUAAUGAACUCUUAGUAAGACAUUAUAGUCAUUUUUACGCACAAUUAAGUUUGCGAGACUAUGAUAAUGCAAAUGAGUUCUUGUUGUGCUAUUAUAGAGCAGCAUCAAUAUUCGGGCCCAUCAAUUAUCUCGUACAGAGAGCAGAUUGAGAAGUUGUCUUUCACUGACAAUACUCGUUGUAAGGGCUAAACAACAAAUAUAAUCCACUACAAGCCUUCCCUUAAUUGUCAGAAAAGAGCUGCAUAUAAAGCUUAAUCCGAAACGAUAUAAAAGUUUAAUUAAACUGCGUUGUCCUAUAAAUUAUUAUAUCAAUAGAACUGUUUCAAAAAUCGUUUUGCGCACAAGGAAAUUUGGGAUUUCCGUAGCAGCAAUUUUUAUCAAUUAUGAACUUACAAAGUGGUAAAUAUAAAGUCCCCGUUCCGUUUACGUAGUACGUGCAUAAUAUACACUGAUACAGCGCAAAUUAAUCGCUAAAAAGGACGCUCAAGAUAAGAGCUUUUUUCUGUUGUUAAAAUUACUUUGGUCACCCAUGCAGCUAUAGUUAUCAUGAAAUUUUGCAGCUUGCUAGCUUUGUAUUAUAGCUACAUGUAAGAUAGCUAUAGCAAUUAUGCUAAGAUUAAAAUAGUGCGGUGAAUGGUGCGUUAUGUUUCUUUGUUAGAUCUAUGUAGAACUAUAGGCUUAUAGCUAAGCAACAUUUAGCUGGAUAUUAUGUUACUAGAGGAUUGUCGCUUUGUAUUCAAAAACACAGCACACUGCAUUUGUAAAGUGCAAUGGUAUAUAGCAACGGUACAGUAAAAUACGCUUUUAAUACAGUACUUAUCAAAAUGGAAACACUUUAAACGUACUACGCAAACGGAAUGGGAUAUUGACCGCUGUAUACGUAUAUAGACAGAUAACUGAUAACUGCUAAUGCUCUCUCCAACACGUGUCACUUUCAACAUCAUCCUGCAAUAUGUAUUUUCACAUCAAUUCUUACAAUAAUUAAUUAUAGUACCAUCAAAAAAGUACGACCACCAUUUUGAAACAACUUUAGAUGUGAGAGGGAAUUAGGCGUAUUUUUGCGAAUGGCGUGGUUUCCCUCUGGGCAGUUGGCGUUUCACAACUAUAAUGUAUAUACACGUGAAAAGCAAUAGAUCUAGUAUGUACAAUC